UUAUAAAUUUCUCUGCUUGAAAUCGAUCCAUUUCUUCCCUACCGGUCGAUCAUUCAAUCAGCUGUUUUUUAAUUGAAACCAUAAUUUCUCAAAGCCUCUCCUUUCUUGUCCGUGGCUAAUAAGAGACCGAGUCUUGCAAUGGCGAAAAGUUCCUUCAAGCUUGAGCAUCCAUUGGAAAAGAGGCAGGAUGAAGUUGCUCGCAUCAGGGCCAAAUAUCCUGACAGAAUUCCCAUUAUUGUUGAGAAGGCUGGAAAGAGCGACGUUCCUGAUAUUGAUAAAAAGAAGUAUCUAGUUCCUGCUGAUUUGACUGUCGGACAAUUUGUUUAUGUUGUCCGUAAAAGGAUUAAGCUUAGUGCCGAAAAAGCUAUAUUUGUCUUUGUGAACAACACCCUCCCUCCUACUGCUGCCUUGAUGUCUACAAUUUAUGAGGAAAACAAGGAUGAAGAUGGUUUUCUUUAUAUGACUUACAGUGGAGAGAACACGUUUGGUUCCUCUUUACUUGAAGCAUAAUGCUUUCAAUCUACGUAAAUAGCUAAAAGGAAGGUGUAAAUUCUCAGUGCUUUGUUCUUGACAAUGACAGUUCUAUAACUGUCUGAAUUUCCUACUUUUUAUUUUCUAUAGUUUGAAUGCAGAAUCCAACUUUAUCAGUGA